UGCAUCUCCUUAGAAUUUCUCUCUCGAGAUUUUUUGAUUGGGAUGGGAAUUUCAUUCUGCUCUGCUAAGUACAAUUUCAGUUUUAGGUUGUGACUUGUUAGAUAUGUGGGUAGAAUAAGUGUAUAUUUUUUCUCAUUUUCAAUAGAAUAUAUAAUAGUGUUUUGAAUUAAUGCAUUUGGAAAAUAAAACUUAGAUUUCAGCUAUUGCUAAAUUUUCGAUAAGUCUUUAUAGAAUUAAUCAUGAAGAUGGCCGAUACAUCAAGCAUCUUAAGGCGAAAUCGACCAGGUACUAAAGCUCAGAACUUUUGCAAUUGGCCUGAGGAACCAUUUGAAGAAAUGGAUAGUACCUUGGCAGUGCAGCAGUUUAUUCAACAAACCAUUCGAAAGCAACCUGCAAAUGUCGAUGAGAUAUUGACACCUCCUGAUGGCCAAGAUGAAGGAGUCUGGAAGUAUGAACAUCUCAGGCAGUUCUGCAUGGAACUCAAUGGUUUGGCUGUAAAAUUACAGACUGAAUGUAAUUCUGAAACAUGUACACAAAUGACAGCUACUGAACAAUGGAUAUUUUUAUGUGCUGCUCAUAAAACACCUAAAGAAUGUCCUGCCAUUGAUUAUACGCGCCAUACUUUAGAUGGUGCAGCUUGUCUACUGAAUAGUAACAAAUACUUUCCUAGCAGAGUGAGUAUAAAGGAAUCAUCUGUAGCUAAACUAGGUUCAGUAUGUAGAAGAGUAUACAGAAUAUUUUCUCAUGCAUAUUUUCAUCAUAGAGCAGUAUUUGAUGAAUUUGAGAAUGAAACUUUUCUGUGUCGUCGCUUUACGGUAUUUGUGACUAAGUACAACUUGAUGUCAAAGGAUAACCUCAUUGUACCUAUGUUAGGAGAAGAAUCAAAUACAACUGAGAGUGAAGCAUAAAUGGUGUUUUUAAAGUUUCAGUCUCAUAUCAUGUGUAAGUCAUGCUUUAAAUUACAAAAAAUGUCACUAUAAAAAUCAGUGGUUUUGAAGUACUUUUGAAAGAAAAGACUUAUAAAAAAUGUACAAAUUAAAAUAGUUAAAAACCAUUGAAUAUUUUUAUUAUUUAAUUUGUCUGUUGUUGACAGAAUGUUUUAAUUUAUAACGAAAAAAGAAACUGCUUUUUUUUACUGAGCCUUUCACAUAUUUAAGAUGCAUUUGUAUUUUGGUUGUUUAUCUUUGAAAUCUGAAGCUUUAAUGGCUUUCAACUGUUCUUUACUUGCAAAUUGCAAGUAGAACAUGCUUGAUACUACUUAGGCAUUCACAUAAUUAUUCAUUAUUUAAUUGUUGUUUUUGGUUAAGGCUGGGUAAAAGAUAUUGACAUUGAAGAAGUAUGUUAGUGAAAUUCAGCCUUUAUAAGUUGUGUAUUUUUUUCUUUGUAAAUAAGUGGCUAGUCACUGUUUUAUGACCUAAUUUCAUAUACUAUAUUACAAUAUCUAUAAACUGGCUUCCUGUAUCUGUAAAAGAAAAUGCAGUUGAACCUUCUUAACUUAAAACUGAGAAACUAACUGGGCUUAUUUUGUAUCAUCAGAAUUUCAUAUUAUCCAGCGAGAGAAAAGUUUUGAAACUUGUUUUAAGAAUAUUGCUGAUGCUGUACAUUUAUGAAUAAAGUGCAAAUAUGUUUAAAAAUUUUUUUUGACAUGAACCUCUUUAAAUCGUGUAUAUUUUAUCUAGAAAAAUAUUUUCCUUUCUUUAUUAUUCGUUUGUAAGUAAUUAAGUGAUAUAUAAAUAAAAAUUGUUCUGUGAUAUAACUACUGUUAAAAACUUUUGGCUAAUUUUGCUGCUCUUUAUUUAAAUUCUAGAAGAUUUACAAGUGUCUUCUCUAAAACUAUGUCACUGGGCAGUUGAAUGUGGGACUUUGCUUCAAAAUAAAAAUGUUGGCGGUUCUUUUAUAUUUAGAACAUUUAUUUCCUUUCUUUAAUGUUUUUAAAGACUUUCCUUUUGAAAAAAAAAAAAAAAUCUUCAAUAAAACAGGAGAGAAGGAACAAAUGGGGCAUUAAAUCAA